AAUCCAGUGAUAUUUUGUUUUUUCCUUUAAAAAACCUUCCACCGUAAACUUGACAAAACAUGUCUGGACAUUUCUUCAAACCCUCCGAAGGAAAUCUAGAAGUGAAUGACACAGAGAUAUAAAUCAAAAACACCUACUGAUUAUCCAGACCGGGAAUAGAUAUAAGUAGAUAUUGUAGACAAGUUUAUGGUCGGUUGCUAUUUAUGCAGAGUUGUUAUUUUUUCCGGUUAUCUUGUCUGUUGCAGUACACUUCCUUGUGGACUUUGGAAGUCGACCUUUGGAAUGAGUGGCAGAGUUACUACCGUAAUUUACAUUCAAGGGUCUCUAUGCAACAGACAUGAUAAGAGUCAUGGCGUUAUUGUUUGUAAGGGAAAUGCAUAUGAGAUACAUAGGAUCCUGUUUUGUCGAUGUCGAUUUUGAUUUGGUGGACCGUUUUAGUUUUAUUUUAGGAUUUCCCACCGCCACCGCAGAGGAAAUUUCAUGGUGUUGAUUGUCAAAAACAGGAAGAGAUUUGGCUGUGAGAAAAGCUCUAAAUGCCUGGAAUUAUCUCUGAAGUUGUCAUUUUAUUGUCUGCAAGUGGUUCUUGGUGUGGUUGAUUGGUCUUUGAUUUGGUGACUAUUUUCAAACGAUGGAUUUGACGACAGCGGUUGGCAUUCUCUGCCUGUGGGCUACCCUAUCACUCCAGACAGCAGUCGAUGGUUCCAGUCAUAUCUGUGACUUUGAAACUCCAGAUAACACGUGUGGCUAUGUUCAGGACAGCACCGAUGAUUUUGAUUGGUCUGUUACCCGGGGGAACACGCCCACAUCUGAGACGGGACCAUCUCAUGACCACACCCUUGGAGUAAACUCCACCGAUGGUCACUACAUGUACAUUGAGACAUCUGCCCCUCGUGCUUGGGACGCUGCCCGCAUCAUCAGUCCAACAUUCCAACCAACUCCGGCAUUCUGUGUCAGCUUCUUCUAUCACAUGCACGGGAAGGACACUGGGCGAUUGACUGUACUCCUACGCCACCAGGGGGAGGUUGCAAUGGAAUCAUUGUGGACAUUGAAGGGGGAACAAGGUGAUGAGUGGAUUGGGGCAGAGGUUGAUGGAAGCUCAGUGUCAGGCUUUGAGAUAUUAUUUGAGGCCCAUAGAGGGGACGGAUUCAAAUCGGAUAUUGCAAUUGAUGACAUCACUGUGACAUCAGAAACAACAUGCAGUGGAAUAGCUGUAACAACACAGCCAGAAACUUCUCCACCCUCUACUCCGACUGAAAACACAUCUUCCCCAGAAACAUCAAAGAAAACACCAGCAUCUUCAAACACGAGCUGGGAGUCUUCAACAAAGAAUUUUGAGUUUCCAUCGAAGAGUUCACCAUUGCCAUUAUCAACAAAGAGUUUGGAGUUCCAUUCAGCGACAGGUUCAUCUCCGACUAUUGAAACACAAUCAGAAGAAGUUGUUCUCCUUGAACCUAUCGACAGUCAACUUAUCAUUGUGAUUCUGGCGGCUGGGUUAACAUUCUGGGGUGUGGUCUUCCUCAUCAUCACCGUGGUGAUUUACAAGAGUAGCCAAUCACAGAGACGUAAGGGUGAGGUGACGUAUAGUGUCAUCGGAUACCCCGCCAAUCAGGGGCUUGAAGUGAUAACUAUUGCACCUGCCGACGACCCGAUGCAUUGUGGAGAUACGUUACCCGAGGAAAAUCUUGGAUUUUAAAUAUUAUUAAGUGAACUUUAAA